CAUGGAAGACAUAAAAGGGCUUUAGUUAGCCUCCAAGGCCGUCUGUGUGUGUUUUGUAUGCUGAAACCACUACUUGGGCCACUCAUUCUUAAGAUUUUUGUUUCCUUGGAGGAAAUAUGAGUGAAGCGUGCAAGUUGGAAGCCAUCGAUGCGGUUGAUGCCAGUUCCAGUGCCGGUAGUGUCGACUCGCAGUAUUACAAUGAGCUACAGCAGAAGAUUCAGGUUAAGAAGGGUUGGCCCCUGCUGAAGCUACUGGUUGGUAAGGAACCACAGCCAAUCACGCCGUCUGAUAAGAAAUAUCCAUACUACACGGCCAAUCUAUGGUCAUUGCUGACGUUUGCAUGGGCUUUUGAGAUCAUCAAGAAGGGCUAUUUGAGAAGGGUAGAGGAUGAGGAUAUGUACGAAUUGCCGGAUAACAUCAAAAUAAAGGCCAUGACUGAGCUAUUUGAGGAUAACUUCAGGAAAAGGAGGGAGGCGUUUUCCUUGAAAUACGGUGAUGAUGUCCCCUUCACCAAGUGGGUGGUUAUAAGGGCUUUGAACGAUACUUUCUUCAAAGAGUUUUGGCUCAUUGCUGGCACAGCGAAAGUCGUUAUGGAUCUGGCCCAGGUCUUGUCGCCCUUGCUUGUGAGACAGCUUGUUAGAUAUAUACAGUUGAAAUCGUCACAUGAUCCAGGUGUUGGCAAUGCAAUCGGUUAUUCCAUCGGUAUAUCCGCAAUGAUCAUGCUCACUUCUGUCUCGUUAUCUCAUUUCUUCCAUUCUUCGAUGGUUGUUGGUGGUUGUGUUAAAGCAGUGUUGACAAACGUCAUAUACAAGAAGGCAUUCAAUGUAUCGUCCAAAGUGAGGUUUCAAUACCCAAACGGUAAGAUCAACUCCUUGGUUAUGGCUGAUUUGGCAAGAAUUGAUCUUGCAGUUGGUGUUUUCCAUUUCAUAUGGGCAUUUCCCCUCUCCUUGAGCAUUGCUACAAUUGUCUUGUGUUGCUACCUGGGGGCUGUAGCACUUAUUGGUAUCGCUACUGUUGUCUUGUUCUUGGUUUCGAUAUUUUGGUUCAAUGCAAAGCUUAAGCAACUACGUAUCAAGGCAAAUGUCUUCAUCGACAAGCGUGUUCGUGCAAUCAACGAAAUCAUCAACAACAUGAAGAUGAUCAAGCUUUACUCAUGGGAAAUACCCUAUAAGGAGAGACUGGCGGAAUACAGAGGAGUAGAGAAGGAGUUCAUCUUCAAAGUGCAAAUGCUCAAGAGUAUAAUGAACUCUGGUAUCAAUUCUAUAACAGGAAUUGCUACAAUGCUCACAUUUAUCGCACUGUUCUAUCUCUCUGGAAGCCAUUUCCAGUCUUACAAUGUUUUCUCUGCUGUUACACUCUUCAACAUGAUUAGAAUGCCCAUCAACUUAUUACCGAUGGCCACAAGUUUUGCGACUGAUGCACUUAUUGCAAUGGAUCGAGUGACUGGGUUCUUACAGGCCGAAGACGACGAACUAACGGUUUCCAGAUUGCCUGUUGAAGGUUCUACGAAUGCUAUUGAGAUUCACGAUGCAACAUAUCAAUGGGAUAUUGAGCCACGAGAUGAUUUGAUAACUUCUGUAACGAGUGAAACUUUGGAGAAAGACCUCAGCUUUCCUGGUCUCAGAAACAUCAACUUGACUAUCAAGCGUGGAGAUCUGAUAAUCAUCACAGGCUCAAUUGGAACUGGUAAAAGCUCGCUGUUGAACGCCAUCGAGGGAACAAUGCGCCAGGAAAGUGGUGAUGCCAAAGUCUAUGGUUCUUUGACGUUUUGCUCAUAUCCAUGGGUCCAAAAUGCAACAAUUAAAGAGAAUAUUCUCUUUGGAAUGCCAUACAAUAGAGAGAAAUACCAUUCCGUGGUCUCUGCCUGUGGUCUUGACGUUGACUUUAAGGCUUUACCAGGUGGUGACCAAGUCGAAGUUGGUGAGCGAGGUAUAACGUUGAGUGGUGGACAGAAGGCCAGAAUUAACCUUGCAAGGGCAGUAUACGCUGACAGAGACAUAAUUCUCUUGGAUGACGUUCUGAGUGCGGUUGAUGCGACUGUUGGCAAACACAUUAUGAAAGAGUGUAUCUGUGGGCUGUUAAAGGAUAAAACUAGACUACUUGCUACUCAUCAGCUCUCUUUGAUUGAUGCUGCUGACCGUAUCAUUAUUCUUGAUGGAACUGGGUCGUUACAGAUUGGUACUCAAUCUGAGUUGUUGCAGACAUCUCCGACCUUUUCCAAUUUAAUGAAUUUCAGUCGACAACCAGAAGAACAAGAAAGGGAGAAAGAGGAGGACGUUAUGAUUGAUGAUGAGGAGGAGAAAGAAUUGCAAAGAGUUCAAACCCAAAUCUCCACUGCGAAGAAGGAAAAGGCUGAAAGUAGAGAAGAACAGAGAAGUAUGGAAUCCAUCUCCAUCAAGGUAUAUCUGAACUAUCUCGCUCUAGGAUCCAGACUAUUUGGUCGUUUUAUAAUCCCAAUAUUCUUUCUAACCAUUGCUGUCUCGGGGUUUCUCCAGUUAUUCUUUUCUGUCUGGUUAUCAUUCUGGUUGAGCGAUAGAUUUGGUUAUUCUAGCCAGUUGUAUACUGGGCUGUAUGUGCUACUCGUCAUGCUCUCUACACUGGCCUUUGUUUGUUUAUUCACCCUUAUGGCAUCCCUUAACAAUACUGCUGGGCUAAGGCUGUUUAACAUGAGUUCUUCCAAACUUCUGAAAACACCAAUGUGGUUUAUGGAUAUUACACCAAUUGGACGUAUACUGAACAGAUUCACAAAAGAUGUUGACGUCCUUGACACUGAUUUGAUUGAACAGCUUCGUCUAUUCGUUACAAGCUCGUCGACUGUCUGUUGUACCAUUAUCCUGUGUGCAUGCUAUAUUCCAUGGUUUUUGAUUGCAGUACCAGUCGCCCUUUUCAUUUACGUUCACCUGUUCAUAUUUUACAAAUCUUCGGCGUUGGAUAUCAAAAGAUUGGAAUCUGUUAAUAGAUCAUUGGUAUUCUCAUUGUUCAACGAAUCUUUGAACGGCAUGAAAGUCAUCAAGUCAUACUCCUCUGUGGAGAGAUUCCAGCACAGGUUUGAAUCACUCAUCAACAAAAUGAAUUCUGCCUACUUCCUCACAUUCGCAAACCAGAGAUGGCUCUCCAUUCGGUUGGAUUGUAUUGGUUCUCUCUUGACCCUCUUCAUCUGUAUCAUGUGUGUCUGCGAUGUUUUCCAUCUUUCAGGGUCCUCCUCUGGUCUUCUCGUCUCGUACAUUAUCCAGGUAUCCAGCUUGAUGUCGCUGCUUCUCAGAUCCAUGACCAUGGUCGAAAAUGACAUGAACUCUGUGGAGAGACUGUUCGAGUACGCUAUGGAUCUACCUGAAGAGGGUCCAUUCGAAAUUGAAGAAACAAAGCCCAGAGAGUCAUGGCCAGAGAAAGGUGCUAUAGCAUUUAACAAUGUCAGUCUCAGUUAUCGUGAGAACUUACCAUUGGUUUUGAAGAACGUCUCGUUUGAUGUCAAGCCAGGCGAAAAGAUUGGCGUCUGUGGACGUACUGGAGCUGGUAAGUCUACAAUAAUGAACGCACUCUUCAGAGUCAGUCCUGUCCGUGAAGGAUUCAUCACCAUUGAUGGUGUUGAUACCUCUACUAUCGGCCUGAGCGACCUGAGGUCAAAGCUGUCGAUUAUUCCUCAGGACCCAGUCCUGUUCCAUGGCACAAUCAGGGAGAACCUGGAUCCUUUUGGAUCAAGCUCGGACGCUGAACUGUGGGACGCGUUGAGAAAGAGCUGGCUUGUUGAGGAUGGUGCACGGGGGACAGGUUCCUACAAAAUCGGCGAAACUAACAUCACAACGCUACACAAGUUCCAUCUCGACCAGCUGGUUGAAGACGACGGUGCAAACUUCUCGCUUGGUGAGAGACAGCUGUUGGCGUUGGCCAGGGCCCUGGUUCGUGAUUCCAAAGUCCUGAUCCUUGAUGAAGCCACAUCCAGUGUUGACUACGAAACAGACGUCAAGAUUCAAAGUACGAUAGCAAACGAUUUCGCUCACUGUACCAUUCUUUGCAUCGCUCACCGACUGAGAACCAUCUUGAACUACGACCGCAUACUGGUGCUGGACAAGGGACAAGUUGUGGAAUUCGACACUCCGCUGAAUCUGUUCAAAUUGGGUGGCAUAUUCAGUGGCAUGUGCCAACGUUCAGGCAUCACUGAAAGGGAAUUUCCUUAAUUUUACCGAAUCUCCAUAUCUGCUG